AUGAAGUAAGACACUGGAUAACUUGCACCGCAACGGCGUUGUGUGCGCGCCUUUUCCGGGAUUGCUCAUCACGGCUUCCCAGCUUCUUGCCCUUCUUUUUUGGGUUGACCGGAGUGUUUUGCGUCCUACUAAAUGAAAAUAUGUUCCGCAUUUGUGUCCAUAAAUAGAACACAUCCGUAGGGAGUCUACGCCGCAGUGUGGGCGCGACGAAUUGCUUCCACUCGCCUGCGCAUCUGCCGGCGGGUGGAAUGUCUGCAUUCGGCGACCUUAAGGGCCAGAUUGAGGAGUAUGUCGCCUCGAGGCUACGCUCGUUCGCCACGCGCUUUGCUUCACAGCAUGCAGCACACCUGUCCACAGCACAGGUCCAGCAAGCGGUUUUCGUGGACCUCUUGGAAAGCCCGCCUCUUCCCCAGAUCGAGGCGCUGCUUCAGCAGCACCCGCAGCCGACCCAGAUCACCGCCUCGCAGCAGCAGGCUGUAGCAUCAGCCUCAGGCGCGACCGCCGCCCGCGCCACCCCCGCUGCGGCCGCUGCUACAGCCGCAGGCGUCAGCCAGGGCGAUGGGUCGAAGCGGGAUGCGGCCACGCCGUCUCGGGUGACGCCAGAGCCCUCGGCAACAGGCGGCCUGCUGCCUCCUAGCAGUGCAGCCGCCGCAGCAGCCGCAGCCGCGAACUCGGACCUUCUCGGUGCUCUGGGAGCGGCGGCCGCCUCCGGCCGCGUCACUCCCACGCUGCCGCCCAUGCAACCGAUGGACCUGGGGCUGGCGAAUGGUGCUGGCGGCGGUGCUAACGGUGGCGGCGCGGCGGCGGCGACGAUGGCGGCGGGCGCGAGUGUGUCGGUGUGCGGCGGCGGUGGCGGCACUGAGGGCCUCAUACUGGUUAUCCGCCACGAAUGCUCUGCGCUCGGCUGCCGCGAGCCCGGCUGCAUGCUGUGCGCCUGCAACCCGCUGCGCCUGUGCGAGCGCAACUUCAGUCGCAAGUACCUGGUGGGCGACGCGCUGCGUGCCAAGUGCGGCGCCUCCAUCAAGGUGGAGCUGAGGCGGCUACAGCCGGGCGCGCAGCAGCAGGCGGCUGUAGCGGCGGCAGGCGGCACAGGGGCGGCGGCGGCGGCCACGGCUACUGCGGCGGCGGCGGCGGCGGCUGUAGCCACCAGCGUGUUGUGUGAGGACGAGGAGUCCAGCAGCAUUCUGCUUGAGCUGGUGCUGCUGGACGGUGUGAUGUGGAAGGAGCGCGGCGGCGACUGCCGGGCGCUGGGGGCGGACGACCUGCGCGCCUGCAUGAAACUCAACAACCACAAGGAUGAGCCGCUACUGCAGCUCAAAGCUGGUGGCGGUGGUGGCGGCGGCGGCGGUGGUGGUGGUGGUGGUGGUGCAGGCGCCAACGCAGUCGCCAGCACGGGGCAACGUCGCAUCCUCCUGAAGCUGGAGCGCGGCGUGGCCGUGCUGCCGGAGCUCACGGUGACGGACAGCUCGGAGGCGCUGCUGCAGGGCCGCAAGCCGCCCUUCCGGCUGCUGGUGUCGGCAGUGGCGGCGGACGACCCGGCGGUGCCGCUGCCGGCGGUCGCGUACGCCGUGUCGGAGGACUUCGUGGUGGCCACGCGGCGUGUGAAGCAGGCCAACAAGGCCGAGGUACCGCUGCUGGACGACCACGUGAGUAAGAUCGAGCACAUCGGCCGCGAGACCGUCAAGAAGUUGGCGGACGUGGUGGCUGCGGCAAAGGAGCUCAACCUGACUCUACAGCUGCCGGAGGGCGUGGGCGGCGCGGUGACAAGUGUGGGCCAGUUCCAAGCCCUGGCGGGCGCGGCGGACAAGGACGCACAGCUCAAGAAAGUGCUGCAAAUGGUGCUGAAGCUAUCCAAGGAGAAGUGGGAGGAGGCGGCGGCGCACGCCGCCACCGCGGUCGUGUCAGACUUCCGGCGGCGCGUGUGGCAUCCGCCCAACGGCUCCGCUGUGGGGUUGCUGUUCGGGUGCAAGUACGGCGGCGUGCUGCUCAAGGAACCCGUGUCCCUGCUGCACGCUGCGCCGGGCGGCGCCACGCAACGCAUUGCGCCCGAGGACGAGCUAGACGCCGCGGCGCUCACCCUCAUGCGACAGCUCAAGGCGCAGGCGGUCAAGAGCUGGUCGAUGCCCGGACACCCCGGCUGGUCCAUCUUCCAGGACGGUCAAGCUCCCGGCAUGCCGGCCAACGGCCUGCCCCCCGGCACGGCCGCUGCUACCCAUCACCAUCAUCGCCGCAGCAGCGGCACCGGGGCCGGGACUCUGGGCGGUGCUGCUGGUGCUCUUGGUGGCGGGGGCGGCUGGGCUGUCACGCUGGCACCAGGGAUGGGCGCCCCCGGCCCGCCGGCGGGCCUCCCGCGCGCGCCCUCGCCCUCGCCCAUGUCAAUGCUGGCAGGGCCAGGAGGCGUGGCUGCUGCGGGCGCAGGCGGCACGCCGCCGCCGCCUCAGGGGCUCGUGCCUGGGUCGUUCCUACACACGCUGCUGUCACACCACGCCGCGCAACAGCAGCAACAGCAGCAGCAGGCCGCCGGUGGCGCUGGGGGCUUUGCCGCAGGCGCGCCCGCAGCUCCGCCGCCUGCGCAUGCCCUGCUUGCGAUCGCCAACGCGGUGCGACAGCGGGCGGCAAUGGCAGCGGCGGCUGGCGCCGGUGGUAUGGCAGGAGGGCUGGGCGGCAGUGGACUGGCAGUCGGGGCCGGAGCUGGGGAGGGUGGCGGAGGUGGUGAUGGCGCCAGAGGUGCGCUCGGUGGGGCGCCGGGGGCGGCGAUCCGGAGCGAUUUGGCCGCGCUGGCUGCUGCGAACAUGGGUGCGUUGACAGGCAUGUUCCGACACCAGCAUCCGCAACAGCAAGGACAGCUACUGCCGCAGCAGCAGUCGCAGCAGCAGCAGCAGCACCAGCACACCUGCCCGCCGCGACACGAGCUCGGGGCAGGGCCAGCGGGCGGCUCAGGGCCGCAGCCUUCGGGCCAGGACCCCGACCCAGUCGGGCCCUUUGGCGGCUUUGGUGCCCACCUGCACGCCCUGUUUGGCGAGCCUCAAGCCCAGACUCAGCACCAGGCCCAGCAGAACCCACAGCACCAACCACAGGCCGCCAACGGUGCGACGCAAGGCGGGCCCGGCGGAGCCAGUCGGGCUCCGCUGGUGCCGCCGCCGCUGCUGCAUGGGCAGAUGCACCUCAGUGCCGGCGGCGAGCUGGAGCUGCACGGCCCGCAGGGCGCACACAACACCAACGCCAACGGCGUGAACGGCGGCUCCGGAGCUGCAACACAUGCGGCUGCCGGCAACGCAGCGGCGGGCACCCGGAAGCGGCCGCGCUCGCCGUCGCCCUCGCCGCGGCCGUCGCAGUUGCCCUCGCCGGAGCGCACGCCCUCCGCCCACACCGCCACCACGGGCGGAUGCCCGACCGCUCAGCUGCUCGCCACCAUCGCCUCCAUCCCCUCCCUCACCUCCUGCCUGGCAGGGCCGCCCCUCCCAGGCUCGGGGGCGGGCGGCGCCGGAGCGGGCGGCUCGCUUGGGCUGGGCCUGGGGUCGCUUGUCCUGCCAAGCUUUAACUUUGACCCAGAUGGAAAGCUGCUGCCGCUGCUGUCCCUGUUUGCGGAGGCCGGGGCCGACGCGGCGCUUGAGGCGGCGGUGGCCGAGGAGGCCGGCGCGGAGGGCGGUGGUGGCGAGGGAGGCAGGGGCGGAAAGCAAUUUGCGGUGAAGGCGGAGGGACGCAGCACAGGGGAGGCGGGGGUGGAAGCGGGCAGGGGCAGCGCCGAAGCACGCAGCGGCGACGGUGGCGGCGGCGAGCGGAGCGCCGAGGCAAGUGGCCUGCCGUUGCUGCCACGAGAGCCGACGCUGCAAGGCGGGCUGGCGAUAUCGGCUGAGGCGGCGGCGGAACCCAACGCCAUACCCAAGGCUCUGGACGCCAGCGCGCUCCAUUCCACGCCCUUCGGCACCGGCCUGCCCGCUUCCGUCCUCGAGGAGAUAGCCGCACAGGCGGGGGAGGUUGAGGCGGACGCGGGGCCGUCCGGGACCAGGGACCAGGAGGAGAGGGAGAGGGAGCGGGAGCGGCUGGCAGGGGUGGCGGCGCCGCCAGCCAAGCGCCGCGGCACCAGCGGCGGCAGCGGCAGGACCGCGGCAGGGGCGGGGGCAGGGGCAGGGGAGAGCAGUAGCGGAGGCGCCGCCGCCGGCAGCGCGCAGCAGGGCAGUGGCGGCAGGGCUGGGUCUGGAAGCGGAGCACGGGAGGCAGGGACGGCGCGGCCGGCAGAGAGCGGGACCGGCGGCGCGGCGGCAAGCGGCAGCCUGUCGCAGCGAACCAGCGGCGAGCAGGGCCCUAGGAGCGCACGACCAGCUGCAAGCGAACGGUCAGGUGCGAGCGGCAGUGGCGGCGGCGGCAACACGCCCCGACACGCCGCCCGCGCUGCUGCCGCUGCCGCUGACGUGGCGGCAGCGGCUGGUGAUGGUGGCGACGGCGGCGAAGCGGGAGCCACUGGACCCAACCCUUUUGCAGGGCUUGGCGGCAGCGCAGCCGCCGCCGCCGCGGCCCUUGGGCCGAUCACCUCGCUGCAGCCUUUGGAGUCCCUGGAGCUCUUGGCCUUCCUGUCGUCGGGCCUGCCGCAGGGCCUAUCGCUGGGGUCCGAUCUCGCCAACCACCUUGCGCUUCUGUCACCCAACGGUAACGGUAACAACGGGAACGGCCCCGGCCCCGGCGCCGCAGCUGGCAAGACCGCCGGCCCGCAGGCAGGCGACGGAGAGCCGGACGCAGCUGAUGGCGCGGUCGCGCGCGGGGGCGGCAGCGGAAUGCGGGGGGCGCGGGACUCGGGGUCCAUGGCGGCCGGCUGCACGGAGGGCGUGGCGAGCGCGGUGGGCAGCGGCGGCCUGGGCGGCGCCAGCAGCGGCAAGAGCGCGGGAGGCGGCGCCGCCAGCAAGAGCGGUGCAGCCAGUGCGAGCGCAGUCGGCGGGGCUGGCGGCGCGGCCGGGGCCGGAGCGGACGGCAGGGGGGAGCCGGCGGGCUUGACGCAAGCUGGGCAGUCAUCGGUGGUCAACCCAGCUUUUGAAGGUGGGCUGACGGGGCUUAUGGCGGCCAUAGCGGCGGCGGCGGCGGCGCAGGGUGGCGGUGGCGGCGGGGCGCAGGAGUCGUUGCCACUGAUGCCGCAGCACACCUCAGGCGGCCGAGGCGCGUCCGGUGAGGCUCUGCAGCAGUCCUCAGCUCUGCUCCAUCUCCUGCUAGCGCAGCAGCAGCAGCAGCAACAACACCAGCAGCAGCAGCAGCGCCCGCAGGGGCUGCUGCAGGCUGCUGCCAGUGCCGGAGCUGCUGCUGGCGGGCUCGGCAGCGGUGGAGGUGGCGGAGGCCACACCACCACCGCGGCCUCCGCGCUUCACAGCCAGAUGGCUAGCCUUCAUGCGGCGCUGGGGGCGGCGUUAGCGCGCAGUAGCAUGGACGGCGGCGGCAGUAGCAACGGCGGUGGCAGUGGCCAUGGGAGCGCGGAUGCGGCCCUUGCGGGGCUGCUGGGCAACCUCGAACUGGUCGCAUCUGCGGGCCUGCACCAGCAGCAACAGCUGCAGCAACAGCAGCUGCAGCAGGGACGUGAGGGCCUAGGUAUUGCCGGGCGCGCGGGGCUGGGGAGCAGCGGCACAGGCGUGGAGACAUCCCCGCACCCGCACCGCCGCUCGGAGCCCAUGCUGCGCCUGCCGCACGACUCCUCGGCAGCAGCCAUGCUGGCCCCUGGGUCGCUGCUGGAAGUCAUGGGUCUGCUGGGGGCGACGACGUCGCCAGUAGGGGCUGGGGCAGCUGGGGCGAGCUAUCCGCACUUGAUGCACGUGCGCAGCGCGUCUGCUGGCAGCGGCCCGGUGGGUAGCGGCGGCCAGCCGGGCGGCAGCGUGACUGGAGGCGCGGGCGGCGGGGUGUUGGGCGGUGCUGCUGUGGGCGGAGGACCGGGGGUGGGAGGAGCGGUGGCGGGCGGAGGAGGGGGGUCCGUGUUGCAGCACCUGGCGGCUCUGUCACAGCUGCACAGCCGGCUGGGGGCAGCGAGCGCCCUGACGGAGGCGGGCGGCGGCAGCGCGUGAGCAGGGGUUGGAUGGGGGCUUGGGAGUGGAAACGGGUGCGCGACUGGGCGGGUGUUUGCAUAUCGUGUGCGUAGGGAUGGACCCUGGUGGACGCACCUGGGAGAAGUACGAGUGUGUGACUUUCCGGUGAUCUCCACUGGUGCUCCCAGGCUGUCCGAGUGAUGGGGAUACCGUGUCCGCUGGGAUAAGGACUACUGUGCGUGAUUCUUUCCGACUCUUCUGGUGCCCUUACCGUCUACGUGUGAUGGGGGUCCUGCUUGAGCCUGGUGAGUUUGAGGCGCGAUUAGAGUUGCUCGCCAGCUGCAUGAUCGAUGCUUGGGGCAUGCGGCAGCCCUGUGUUGGCGGCGGUACUGCUGAUUACAGUACCGUACUUGUUAGAGUGGGAUAGUGGCGCUCGAAAUGUUUUACAAGUUGGUGGUCGGCGGUUUGAAACUCGUAUUGGCUGUUUAAUCAGUGCUCAGGGCCACUUGAUGCUGGUGGUGCAGCUAGGCAAGCGGCCGGCAGAUUGCUAGGCUUGAGGUGCACAGGGGUUCCGUGAGUGGGUGAGUGGGUGUGCAGCAGCAUGUGUGAUGAUGCCGCACACACGGGCCGGACCCGGAAUCCAACUCACGCCAGGGCCUUGCGUUGGGGGUCUUGCAUCCGCGCAUUGAGCUUGAGCGUUGCAUAAUAACCAAGCGUUGAAACAGCGAUUGGCGGUGAUCGCUGGAGCGGUGAACGCUGUUUGUUGACUUUCUUAAUAACCGGCGCCACGCCGCCGCCGCCCCGGUGUCUUGAUGGACGGGGCGCCUGCAUUCAUGCGGAUGGCAACCCUCACGCAGCAGGGGAUGUUGCUCUUUACCGUAAACACAAUCGAGGAAAAGUGUGCUGUUGUGUUACUUUGCGGCAUUGAUGGGCAGCAAGGGAUGGGCAUAGCCGGUAUCAACGGCAACAAGAGCCAAUUGUUCAGGGAGGCUGCAUCUCUUUUGGUGCUCCACCUUCCGUCGCCUUACAUGGCUGCGCUUGACACAUGCUGCCACUCGUCGUUGUACUUAUUUAGUUAUAGUGUUAUAACUUAUGCUGUUGAGUGGCGCGAAUGUACGGUAAGAUGCAGACGGGGUUAGCAUGUAAGCUUGCCGCCGU